GGCCCACUAUUGAUGACUGGGAGACUGGGUUUUCUAUUCAUUGAAAUUCAGUACCAAUCCGAAGCCCAAAGGUUUAAAGUGGUUGUGAGAAAAGCGCAAAACUUAUACAACAAGUCUAUAAGUUAUAGUAACUUUCAAAUUACAAAACCCGUAUUAUGUAAUCGUAAAUCUGUUGCAAAACAACGAGACAGUAGUGUAUAAGGAGACCAAAUGUGCGGUCGGAGUGUCACCCGUUUGGAACCAACCGUUCCUUUUCGAUGCCAAUGAAUCGGAGAUCAACUCGUUUUGGAUCCAAUGCCUUGUGAUGCAGGGCAAGAGCUACACGAAGGACGGGGUGAUCGGUCAGGUGGCGGUCGGCCCCAACACGACCAUCUCCGGGGUUCAGCACUGGUAUGAUGUGAUGAAAUCGGAAUUCCAAGAGACGGCUAAAUGGCAUCCCGUCUCAAGUGUCGGAACCGCGUGCCUCUGAGGCAUACAAUUAGGGUUCAAAAUACAGUAUAAUUGGGUUUUAGUGUAUAUAUUAGGCGCUUAGUAGUGAUGAUCGAUAGGCACUCAUUAGGAC